UUGGAGCCCAGAUCUCGUCUUGACUCAAUCAUCACCAGGGGAAUGGGCCCUAUUGUGGUCACGCAUCCAGAUUUUGUAAUCCAAGGAAUGCCCUAAAGAGUUAGAAGUGUUUAUCACCAACUAGCCAAGAUGAACAUGGUGAAAAGGAUCAUGGGGCGGCCGAGGCAGGAGGAGUGCAGCCCGCAAGACAAUGCCUUAGGGUUGAUGCACCUCCGCCGUCUCUUCACGGAGUUGUGCCAUCCUCCCCGGCACAUGACCCAGAAGGAACAGGAAGAGAAGCUGUACAUGAUGCUGCCAGUGUUUAACAGGGUUUUUGGAAAUGCUCCGCCAAAUACAAUGACAGAGAAGUUUUCCGAUCUUCUGCAGUUCACAACACAAGUGUCACGCCUGAUGGUGACCGAAAUUCGAAGGAGAGCAUCAAACAAGUCCACAGAGGCUGCAAGUCGGGCCAUAGUCCAAUUCCUGGAAAUCAAUCAGAGUGAGGAAGCUAGUCGAGGUUGGAUGCUUCUGACAACAAUUAAUUUGUUAGCCUCCUCUGGGCAGAAAACCGUGGACUGCAUGACAACGAUGUCAGUGCCUUCCACCCUGGUUAAAUGUUUGUAUCUGUUUUUUGACCUUCCACAUGUGCCUGAGGCAGUUGGAGGUGCACAGAAUGAGCUACCUCUAGCAGAGCGACGAGGACUGCUCCAGAAAGUUUUUGUACAGAUCUUAGUGAAACUGUGCAGUUUCGUUUCUCCGGCGGAGGAGCUGGCUCAGAAAGAUGAUCUCCAGCUUUUAUUCAGUGCAAUAACCUCUUGGUGCCCUCCCUACAACCUGCCUUGGCGGAAGAGUGCCGGAGAAGUCCUUAUGACCAUAUCCCGUCAUGGUCUUAGUGUCAAUGUAGUGAAGUAUAUUCAUGAAAAAGAAUGUUUAUCUACGUGUGUCCAGAAUAUGCAGCAAUCAGACGACCUGUCUCCCCUAGAAAUUGUGGAAAUGUUUGCUGGGCUUUCUUGUUUCCUCAAAGAUUCCAGUGAUGUGUCUCAAACACUUCUGGAUGAUUUUCGGAUAUGGCAAGGAUAUAAUUUCCUCUGUGAUCUCUUGCUUAGGUUGGAACAAGCAAAAGAAGCCGAAUCCAAGGAUGCCUUGAAAGAUCUGGUUAAUCUGAUAACUUCCCUAACAACCUAUGGUGUCAAUGAAAUAAAGCCGGCUGGUAUUACCACUGGGGCACCUUUUUUAUUGCCUGGGUUUGCAGUACCCCAGCCUGCAGGCAAAGGUCACAGUGUGAGAAACAUCCAGGCCUUUGCUGUUCUUCAGAAUGCAUUUUUAAAAGCAAAGACCAACUUCCUUGCCCAAAUCACCCUUGAUGCCAUCACAAAUAUUUAUGUGGCGGACAGUGCCAACUACUUCAUCUUGGAGCCACAGCAUACGCUGUCCCAGUGCGCCGAGAAGAUUGCUAAACUGCCCGAAGUUCAAAACAAAUACUUUGAGAUGUUGGAGUUUGUCGUUUUUAGCUUAAAUUACAUCCCUUGUAAAGAACUUAUUAGCGUUAGCAUCCUCUUAAAAUCGAGCUCUUCUUACCACUGUAGCAUUAUCGCAAUGAAAACACUUCUUAAGUUUACACGACAUGACUACAUAUUUAAAGAUGUGUUCAGGGAGGUGGGCCUUCUGGAGGUCAUGGUCAACCUUCUGCAUAAAUAUGCAGCUCUCUUGAAGGAUCCCACUCAGGCGCUCAAUGAACAAGGGGACUCAAGAAAUAAUAGUUCAUUUGAAGACCAAAAGCACUUGGCCUUGUUGGUUAUGGAGACCUUGACAGUGCUGCUUCAAGGAUCAAACACAAACGCAGGAAUUUUUCGAGAGUUUGGGGGUGCGAGGUGUGCUCAUAACAUAGUGAAGUACCCCCAGUGCCGGCAGCACGCCCUGAUGAUCAUCCAGCAGCUGGUGCUCUCUCCAAAUGGUGAUGACGACAUGGGCACUCUACUCGGGUUAAUGCACUCGGCCCCACCCACAGAACUGCAGUUGAAGACUGACAUCUUAAAGGCCCUCCUGUCGGUCCUCCGAGAAAGCCGCCGCUCCAGAACGGUGUUCCGGAAGGUGGGCGGCUUUGUGUAUGUCACAUCGCUGCUGGUCGCCAUGGAGAGAUCGCUGAGCUCGCCCCCCAAGAAUGGCUGGGAGAAAGUGAACCAGAAUCAGGUGUUUGAACUUCUGCACACUGUGUUCUGCACGUUGACUGCGGCCAUGCGCUACGAGCCGGCCAACUCGCAUUUCUUCAAGACCGAGAUUCAGUACGAGAAGUUGGCAGAUGCCGUUCGCUUUCUUGGCUGCUUCUCAGACUUAAGGAAAAUCAGCCCCAUGAAUGUCUUCCCCUCAAACACGCAGCCAUUUGAAAGACUCCUCGAGGAGGACGUGCUUGCCGCGGACUCGGUCUCCCCCACCCUCCGGCACUGCAGCAAACUCCUGAUCUAUCUCUACAAAGUGGCCACCGAUUCCUUUGACAGUCGUGCUGAACAGAUCCCUCCUUGCCUGACAAGUGAGUCUUCUCUCCCCUCUCCUUGGGGAACGCCAGCUUUGUCCAGGAAAAGGCAUGCAUAUCAUUCUGUUUCAACCCCUCCUGUUCACCCUGCUAAAAAUGUGGCUGACCUGAAACUACAUGUGGCCACCUCAUCUCUCCAGAGCGCCGAUGCCGUCAUCAUCCAUCCUGGAGCCAUGCUGGCGAUGCUGGACCUCCUGGCCUCCGUUGGGUCACUGACGCAGCCAGAACAUGCUCUGGACCUUCAACUUGCCGUGGCAAAUAUUCUACAAUCCCUGGUGCACACAGAAAGAAACCAGCAAGUCAUGUGUGAAGCCGGCCUUCAUGCACGGCUGCUGCAGAGAUGCAGCGCUGCGCUGGCGGAUGAGGACCACUCUCUGCACCCUCCCCUCCAGCGCAUGUUUGAGCGGUUAGCCUCUCAGGCCCUGGAGCCCAUGGUGCUGAGGGAAUUUUUGCGAUUGGCAAGUCCUUUAAAUUGUGGUGCCUGGGACAAAAACCUACUGAAACAAUACAGAGUCCACAAACCAAGCUCACUGAGUUAUGAGCCAGAGAUGAGAAGUAGUAUGAUCACGUCUCUGGAGGGUCUGGGCUCCGAUAAUGUUUUCAGCUUCCAUGAAGAUAACCAUUACCGAAUCAGCAAGAGCCUGGUAAAAUCUGUGGAAGGAAGUACUGUGCCCCUGACCAGGGUGAAAUGUCUGGUCUCCAUGACAACCCCGCAUGACAUCAGACUCCAUGGGUCAUCGGUUACUCCGGCUUUUGUUGAAUUUGACACAUCCCUUGAAGGCUGCCUGUUUCUGCCUAGUUUGGCCCCGCAUAAUGCUCCUACCAAUAAUGCUGUCACAACAGGUCUCACUGAUGGGGCGGUAGUCAGCGGCAUUGGUUCCGGUGAAAGAUUCUUCCCUCCUCCCUCUGGCUUAAGCUAUUCCAGCUGGUUUUGCGUUGAACAUUUCAGUUCUCCUCCAAAUAACCACCCUGUCAGACUCCUCACUCUAGUGCGCCGAGCAAAUUCUUCGGAGCAGCAUUAUGUCUGUCUGGCUAUCGUUCUGUCAGCAAAAGACCGGUCGCUGAUUGUUUCCACUAAAGAGGAACUGCUCCAAAACUAUGUUGAUGACUUCAGUGAGGAAUCCUCUUUUUAUGAGAUCCUCCCGUGCUGUGCUCGCUUCCGGUGUGGAGAGCUCAUCGUGGAGGGGCAGUGGCACCAUCUGGUUCUGGUGAUGAGCAAAGGCAUGCUGAAAAACAGCACCGCCGCCCUCUACAUUGACGGACAGCUCGUUAAUACCGUGAAGCUUCAUUAUGUUCACAGUACUCCCGGAGGUUCCGGUUCUGCAAAUCCACCAGUCGUGAGCACGGUGUAUGCCUACAUUGGCACUCCACCUGCCCAACGUCAAAUUGCUUCAUUAGUUUGGCGCCUAGGACCCACACACUUCCUGGAAGAAGUUUUACCUCCUUCAAAUGUUACCACCAUUUUUGAACUAGGACCCAAUUAUGUUGGAAGCUUCCAGGCCGUAUGUAUGCCAUGCAAAGAUGCCAAACCCGAGGGUGUCGUCCCCUCUCCUGUGUCUUUGGUGCCAGAGGAAAAGGUGUCCUUCGGCCUCUACGCACUCUCCGUGUCUUCCCUGACAGUGGCAAGAAUCCGGAAGGUGUACAACAAGUUGGAUAGCAAAGCCAUUGCUAAACAGUUAGGCAUCUCCUCCCAUGAGAAUGCCACUCCUGUGAAGCUGAUACACAAUUCAGCAGGGCAUCUUAAUGGACCUGCCCGGACCAUCGGGGCUACCCUGAUUGGAUACUUGGGAGUAAGGACAUUUGUCCCUAAGCCUGUUGCCACUACUUUGCAGUACCUUGGUGGAGCUGCAGCCGUCCUGGGCCUGGUGGCCAUGGCCUCUGACGUGGAAGGUCUGUAUGCAGCGGUCAAGGCCCUGGUUUGUGUGGUCAAGAGCAACCCACUCGCCAGCAAAGAGAUGGAAAGAAUCAAGGGCUACCAGUUGCUGGCAAUGCUGCUUAAGAAGAAACGCUCCCUUCUGAACAGCCACAUCCUCCAUCUCACAUUUUCCUUGGUGGGGACGGUGGACAGUGGGCAUGAGACCUCCAUCAUUCCAAACUCAACUGCGUUCCAGGACCUGCUUUGUGACUUUGAAGUCUGGCUCCAUGCUCCGUAUGAACUGCACCUUUCCUUAUUUGAACACUUCAUUGAACUGCUCACGGAGUCCAGUGAAGCUUCAAAGAAUGCCAAGUUGAUGAGGGAAUUCCAGCUAAUCCCAAAGCUGCUCCUGACUCUUCGCGAUAUGUCUUUAUCCCAGCCCACCAUUGCUGCCAUCAGUAACGUGCUGAGCUUCUUACUGCAAGGUUUUCCCAACAGCAACGAUCUGCUCAGGUUUGGACAGUUUGUUUCUUCGACUUUACCAACUUUUGCCGUUUGUGAGAAAUUUGUAGUGAUGGAGAUCAAUAACGAAGAGAAGCUUGACGCCGGAACUGAGGAAGAAUUCGGCGGUCUUGUAUCGGCUAAUCUUAUCCUUCUGAGGAACAGACUUCUGGAUAUCUUGCUAAAACUCAUUUAUACGUCUAAAGAAAAGACAAGCAUUAAUUUGCAAGCUUGUGAAGAACUGGUCAGGACCCUGGGUUUUGACUGGAUUCUGAUGUUCAUGGAAGAACACUUGCAUUCCACCACCGUUACCGCGGCCAUGAGGAUUCUGGUGGUCCUGCUGAGUAAUCAGUCCAUUCUCCUCAAGUUCAAGGAAGGACUUAAUGGUGGAGGUUGGCUUGAGCAAACCGAUUCUGUCUUGACUAAUAAGAUUGGAACUGUAUUAGGGUUCAAUGUGGGCCGGAGUGCUGGUGGGAGAUCGACCAUCAGGGAGAUUAACCGGGAUGCCUGUCAUUUUCCUGGUUUUCCAGUUCUUCAGUCGUUCCUUCCUAAGCACACUAAUGUCCCUGCCCUCUAUUUCCUCCUCAUGGCAUUGUUUCUACAGCAGCCCGUUAGUGAGCUGCCUGAGAACCUGCAGGUCAGUGUGCCUGUCAUCAGCAGCCGAAGUAAGCAGGGUGGCCAGUUUGACUUAGACUCCAUUUGGACAUUCAUCUUUGGAGUUCCGGCCUCCAGCGGGACUGUGGUCUCUUCGAUUCACAACGUGUGCACAGAAGCGGCGUUUUUAUUACUAGGGAUGCUCCGAAGCAUGCUGAAUUCAGUGACUGAUCUUGAUGAUGAAGUCGGGUCUCCAGCUGAAGAGUUCAAAGCCUUUGCAGCAGACACCGGCAUGAACAGGAGCCAAUCAGAGUACUGCAAUGUGGGCACAAAGACCUACCUGACCAAUCACCCGGCUAAAAAGUUUGUUUUUGACUUCAUGCGGGUCUUAAUAAUAGAUAAUCUCUGCCUCACUCCUGCCAGCAAGCAAACGCCACUAAUCGAUCUCUUGUUAGAGGCUUCCCCCGAACGAUCUACAAGAACUCAGCAGAAAGAAUUUCAGACUUACGUUUUGGACAGCGUGAUGGACCAUUUGCUUGCUGCUGAUGUGUUACUGGGAGAAGAUGCGUCUCUGCCUAUCACCAGUGGAGGAAGCUACCAGGUAUUGGUGAACAAUGUGUUCUAUUUCACACAACGUGUGGUGGACAAGCUUUGGCAAGGCAUGUUCAACAAAGAAUCUAAACUUCUUAUAGAGUUUAUCAUUCAACUAAUUGCACAGUCAAAACGAAGAUCCCAGGGGCUGUCCCUGGAUGCGGUUUAUCACUGCCUGAAUAGGACCAUCCUCUACCAGUUCUCCCGGGCGCACAAAACCGUGCCCCAGCAAGUAGCUCUCCUGGAUUCCCUGCGGGUCCUCACGGUCAACAGGAACUUGAUCCUGGGGCCGGGGAACCAUGACCAGGAGUUCAUCAGCUGUCUGGCCCACUGCUUGAUUAACCUACAUGUCGGCAGCCACGUGGAUGGAUUUGGACUGGAAGCAGAAGCCCGCAUGACUACGUGGCACGUCAUGAUCCCCUCCGACAUUGAACCAGAUGGUGGUUACAGCCAAGACGUUAGCGAAGGACGUCAGCUUCUCAUCAAAGCUGUCAACAGAGUUUGGACUGAACUGAUCCACAGUAAGAAACAAGCCUUGGAAGAACUUUUCAAAGUCAGCCUGCCGGUGAAUGAGCGGGGCCAUGUGGACAUCGCUGUAGCAAGGCCCCUAAUAGAAGAGGCUGGAUUGAAGUGCUGGCAGAACCACCUGGCCCACGAAAAGAAGUGUGUGAGUCGAGGAGAAGCUUUAGUGCCCACCACGCAGUCCAAAUUGUCCCGGGUCAGCAGUGGCUUCGGUCUGUCCAAGUUAACAGGAUCAAGAAGGAAUCGCAAGGAGAGUGGUCUUAAUAAGCACAGUCUUUCUACCCAGGAGAUUUCACAGUGGAUGUUUACACAUAUUGCUGUUGUUCGUGACUUGGUAGACACACAAUAUAAGGAGCAUCAAGAGCGUCAGCAGAAUGCUCUGAAAUAUGUGACAGAGGAGUGGUGUCAAAUCGAGUAUGAACUGCUGCGUGAGCGAGGACUGUGGGGUCCUCCCAUUGGCUCCCAUCUAGACAAAUGGAUGUUGGAGAUGACAGAAGGGCCAUGCAGGAUGAGGAAAAAAAUGGUGCGAAAUGAUAUGUUUUAUAACCAUUACCCUUAUGUACCGGAAACGGAACAAGAGACGAACGUGGCGUCUGAGAUCCCAAGUAAACAGCCCGAGGCACCAGAUGAUAUCAUUCUCCAAAAGCUGGUGAUAUUUGCUCCUGGUGCCCCCCAGUGGCAUCUCACCACAGUGCCAUCCUCACCACUAAUUGUGCUAAGCUCUCUGUUUAUCGUCAUCAUCUGGAGCUUCUGUCUGGUGAAGCCUCCCCUGAAACGCUCCCGCUCUGCCCCGGAUGGAGGAGACGAGGAGACCCAGGAGCAGCCCCCAGACCAGCUGGCCGAGGGCGGCUCUGUGGAAGAGGAGGAGAAGACGGACAACGCCACCUUACUGCGCCUGUUGGAAGAGGGAGAAAAGAUCCAACACAUGUACCGCUGUGCUCGGGUCCAAGGGCUCGAUACCAGCGAGGGGCUGCUGCUGUUCGGCAAAGAGCAUUUCUAUGUGAUUGAUGGGUUUACCAUGACAGCAACCAGGGAAAUCCGAGAUAUUGAAACCCUACCUCCAAAUAUGCAUGAGCCAAUUAUCCCGCGAGGAGCCCGGCAAGGCCCGAGUCAACUCAAGAGAACCUGCAGCAUUUUUGCCUACGAAGAUAUCAAGGAAGUGCAUAAAAGGAGAUAUCUCUUACAGCCUAUUGCUGUGGAAGUUUUCUCUGGAGAUGGACGGAAUUAUCUCCUUGCUUUCCAGAAAGGGAUUAGAAACAAAGUCUACCAAAGGUUUUUGGCUGUCGUUCCAUCGCUCACUGACAGCUCCGAGUCUGUGUCUGGACAGCGACCGAACACAAGUGUGGAGCAGGGAUCUGGAUUGCUUAGCACGCUGGUUGGAGAGAAGUCUGUAACACAGAGAUGGGAGAGAGGUGAAAUCAGCAACUUCCAGUAUUUGAUGCACUUGAACACGUUGGCUGGCAGAUCCUAUAAUGAUCUCAUGCAGUAUCCUGUCUUUCCUUGGAUUCUUGCAGAUUAUGACUCAGAGAGAAUACUUGAUAAGAACUAUGCAAUGUGCACGGGCAAUGGUUCAGAGACAGACAAAUGCAAAGCCAGUACCAAAUACGGAGCCGCUGUGGGUCAGAAUCUGGCCUUUGUUAGAAAGAGUUUGCAGUUAAGGGGAGAAACGCCGGCCUACCACUACGGGACCCACUAUUCCUCUGCCAUGAUCGUGGCCUCCUACCUCGUUAGGAUGGAGCCUUUCACGCAGAUAUUCUUACGGCUGCAGGGCGGCCACUUUGACCUGGCUGACCGGAUGUUCCACAGCGUGCGCGAGGCCUGGUAUUCAGCAUCGAAGCACAACAUGGCAGAUGUCAAAGAACUGAUCCCAGAAUUUUUUUACUUACCAGAAUUCCUGUUCAAUUCCAACAACUUUGACCUAGGCUGUAAACAAAAUGGCACCAAGCUUGGAGAUGUCAUCCUCCCGCCCUGGGCCAAAGGGGACCCACGAGAAUUCAUCAGAGUCCACCGUGAGGCUUUGGAAUGCGAUUACGUGAGUGCCCGUCUGCACGAGUGGAUUGACUUAAUCUUCGGCUACAAGCAGCAAGGCCCGGCGGCCGUUGAGGCGGUCAAUGUCUUCCAUCACCUUUUUUAUGAGGGCCAGGUGGAUAUCUACAACAUAAACGACCCGUUGAAGGAGACGGCUACCAUUGGAUUCAUUAAUAACUUUGGUCAGAUCCCCAAACAGCUCUUUAAGAAACCUCACCCACCAAAGCGAGUCAGGAGUCGCCUCAACGGGGAUGCGGCCGGGCUCUCCCUGCCACCGGGAUCCACCAGUGACAAGAUCUUCUUCCACCACCUGGACAACCUGAGGCCCUCUCUGGCGCCGGUGAAAGAACUCAAAGAGCCUGUGGGGCAGAUCGUGUGCACAGACAAAGGCAUUCUGGCAGUGGAACAGAAUAAGGUCCUUAUCCCGCCAGCCUGGAACAAAACUUUUGCCUGGGGCUACGCCGACCUCAGCUGCAGGCUGGGAACCUAUGAGUCAGACAAGGCAAUGACGGUGUAUGAGUGUCUGUCUGAGUGGGGCCAGAUCCUCUGUGCAAUCUGUCCCCACCCCAAGCUGGUCGUCACAGGGGGAACGAGCACCGUUGUGUGUGUGUGGGAGAUGGGCACCUCGAAGGAGAGGGCUAAGAGCCUCACCCUCAAACAGGCCUUGCUUGGUCACACUGAUACUGUCACCUGUGCCACAGCGUCGCUAGCCUAUCACAUAAUUGUCAGCGGGUCCCGAGACCGAACCUGCAUCAUCUGGGACCUGAACAAACUGGCGUUUCUAACCCAGCUCCGAGGCCAUCGCGCUUCUGUGUCUGCCCUGUGCAUCAAUGAGUUAACCGGGGACAUCGUGUCCUGCGCCGGCACGUACAUCCACGUGUGGAGCAUUAACGGGAACCCCGUGGUGAGUGUGAACACGUUCACAGGCCGGAGCCAGCAGAUCGUGUGCUGCUGCAUGUCGGAGAUGAACGAGUGGGACACGCAGAAUGUCAUCGUCACGGGACACUCGGACGGGGUGGUCCGGUUUUGGAGAAUGGAGUUCUUACAAGUUCCCGAAACACCAGCUCCUGAGCCUGUUGAGGUCCUGGCGAUGCAGGAAGACUGUCCAGAAGCACAAAUGGGGCACGAAGCCCAGGACGAAGACAGUAGCGAUUCAGAUGUGGAGGAGGAGCAGAGCGUCAGCCAGGACCCCAAGGAGCCGCCCAUCCAGCCCACGGGCACCGGCCACAGGCCCAGAGCAGCCUCAUGCCGAGCCACGGCCACCUGGUGUACGGACAGCGGCUCUGAUGACUCCCGACGCUGGUCCGAUCAGCUCAGCCUAGACGAGAAAGACGGCUUCGUAUUUGUGAACUACUCGGAGGGCCAGUCCCGAGCCCAUCUGCAGGGUCCGCUGAACCACCCCCACUGCAAUCCUAUCGACGUGCGGAAUUACAGCCGAUUGAAACCUGGGUACAGGUGGGAACGGCAGCUGGUGUUCAGGAGCAAGCUAACAAUGCACACGGCCUUCGAUCGCAAGGACAACGCGCACCCCGCAGAGAUCACCGCCCUGGGCAUCUCCAAGGAUCACAGCAGGAUCCUGGUCGGCGACAGUCGGGGCCGGGUUUUCAGCUGGUCGGUGAGUGACCAGCCGGGCCGCUGUGCUGCCGACCACUGGGUCAAGGAUGAAGGCGGGGACAGCUGCUCGGGCUGCGCGGUGCGGUUCUCCCUCACGGAGCGAAGACACCACUGCAGGAACUGCGGCCAGCUCUUCUGCCAGAAGUGCAGUCGAUUCCAAUCAGAGAUCAAACGCUUGAAAAUAUCGUCGCCGGUACGUGUGUGUCAGAACUGUUACUACAACUUGCAGCAUGAACGGGGUUCAGAGGACGGACCUCGAAAUUGCUGAAGAUCCAACAAGCUCAUCAAAGGCCCUGGUUUGUCGGACCCCUUCCCAAUUCCUCCGUCACAGAUCGCAGCUCCCGGAAGGCAUGGGCACAGUCUCCGUUUACACAUCUCUUCACCCCGUGCGGUUGAAGUGCUGAAUUCAAAGGGAUCACUGAAUAAACGGGUGUCGAGUACAGUAACGGGGCGAGCGCUAUUCAGGUGGCCAGCUGCAGAAGCAGCAGGUGGUUCAUAGCAGCCGCGGUUUCAGGAUUCUGUUUUCCCUGUUCACAGUAGCCGUCUCGAGCACUCAAAGCCCCGCGCCUGCCUGUGUCUCAUCCCAGUUUUUCUAGCGCUCCUCACCCAUCCUUAUUUGGAAAAGGCUGUUAGAAGACGGUUGUAAAUCUCACUUCUUUGCAAGUAACUGUAUAUUGUAAAUAGAUAUAAAGGCCUUUUAUUCUUUUUCUUUUCUUUCUAAAUAAGGACUUAUGUCUGUAAUAUGAAACUUCAAACUAAACCACUAACUCAACCAACUACUCAUGGGUUGUCUGGCGUUGCUCCUUCACCAGUUCCUUCUACAUGUGGGGUUGCGUGUGCUUUGUAAGUCUGCAAAGGCAUCCUGCGGUCUUUUUUUCCUUCCAAACUCAGCCUGUGUGCCUGAUGGUCUUUGUUUCUUUCAGUAUCUCCACCCCGACUAGGCUAGCAACCAAAAUCACGCAGACCUAUAGGACAGUGCGGAGGAUAGGGUUCCCAUCGGAAGGUAACCUGGGAAUCUCGGGGUGUUGGCUGCAGACCACCUCAGUGUUGUUCUUGGUGGGAAGGCCCCUUCUACUUAGACCGCUGUUGGGUCCAAGCAGACCUUCUCCGCGGUCCGUAAAGAGGCCAGUUGACCACCGUAGUGCAGGAACUACUGGGAAUAUGUGCAUGUAACCCAAAACUAGCUCCUCGCAUCGAACACACUCUGUAAUGUGUCCGUGUGGACACUCGUGUUCUACGAUAGCGUCUUUUCAGCAACAAAAAGGGUAACGGGAGGGGAAAGUGUACAGAAUUAACCUAUAAACCUUGUUGUUAAAACUGGAUCAUGUCAGAACUGCUUAAGAUUAACCUUUGCCAUUUAUUACCAUCUACCUGGAAACAGUGAGAUUUAUACUGUAUCAAUGUCUAUAUUUUUGUUUUUGCUAUGAAUAUAAUUACAGUAUUUUAAUAUUUAGUUAUUUAAUUUGGUCGAAUAGUUGGAUACAGAACACACAGAUUCGGGAUUAAUGCUGGCGGGGGCUUCAGAAGAUUAAUGUACACGAGAAAGGCUUAGGUGGUGGGAUUUUCUUUUUUUUAAUGUGUGUUAUGUACAUAUAUAUAUAUAUAAAACAAAUGAAACAAUUAAUCUAGAUUUUCACAUUUCCAGAUACUUAGUGAUAAUAUUAUGAACCAUUCUAAAAGCCCUGUGAUUUGGAAAACGUAGGAUUGUUACCGGGCCAAGAAAAGAAGGCCAGGCCUUCAUGCCCUCAUGUAGCCUCAUUCAAGGGACAGUGGCUUUGUUUGCCUUUCCCAACUCUCCAUCUUUAGGCCCUGAUGACAGGCACACUUAUGCACUAAAUGCACAUAUAUGCACACGCGUUCAAAACUAGGCAUUGGGUACAGCCGUAACCUUGUACCUAUGGGCUGAAACCAGCUUAAGAACAAUGUGUUCUUCCUGAUAACUAGGUCUCCAAGAAAAACAAAUAUAUAUAUAUAUAUAUAUAUAAAGGCUGCUUUAGUGCCUUAUGCUUACUAAAUUUAAAUCCUUAUUUACCUAGGUUUGAACCUACCUUCUAUUUCCGAUUACAUAUCCGAAUUGAUUAAGACACUUCCAUUUCUUACGGUUCAGAGAUGCUCGUCAAUUACAGGAUUCUUGGCAUUGAUACUUUAACUCGAAAAAGAGUUGUUCUGUUUUCCUGUGUCAGUCUCUUCCUCCCCAUCUUCAUCGGACUUCAGUUCUCAUGGAUCACGCUGGGUGUUCACAAGGUGGCAGGCAGAGAUUGUACGAUGGCCUUGUGGCUAGGCUUGGCCGCUGCCAGCCCUCUGACUGAGCUGCGCCAGUGGCGUCUACCCCUUUGAAAAGAUGCACCCUUCCCUUCGCCCAUGAACCACGUUUUCCCCAAACCUAGCGGCAGAGGUAUUCUUUCAGGACUUGGUUACAUGAGCGUGUGUACGGAGUGACUUAAAGGUUAUUCCUCUCUGUGAUACGAAGUUCUAUGGGAUAAACACUUUCAGACUUUCCAGCACAACUCCCAUGACUAGAAGGUGGAAACCCAAAUCCUCAUGAUAGUAUUUCCUCUGGCAGCUGGUGCUGUGGGCAACUGCUCUGCUCCGCAGGGUGUCUUUGCUUUUGCUUUCAAGGCAGAGAUCACAAGAGCACUCACACAUACGAUUGCACUCACCUCCAUACACCUGUUCCUCUGGAUAAACUGUUCUGUUCCAUGUAAAUUUGUUUACCAAUAUAUAUAUUCUCAAAAUGUCGUCCACCUUUGGGUGGUCUGUAUUCUCUCUCUGAGAGUACCUCACAGGGCUCCUGCCUGAUCUUUGUAGUCUGUCUGUUCAUUCAUCCGUCAUCCAUCCAUUCAUCCGUGUAUUCCAACACACGUGCGUCACACGACUGUCAUGUCUUGCUUUUCAAGAGAAGAAUAGCUGCCCGUAGCAGCCAUCUGUCCGGAUAAUAGCAAACACUCUAUAGAUAAGUUAUUUUGCACUUUCUUAUGUAUAAAGUUGGUAGAAACUUAUUUUUGCUUUGUAUCAUUUAAAGACAUUUUGUUUUGGUAAAUGAACUGUGUAUAAAAUAUUUAUGCUGUUAAAACUGUUUUUAGAAAGUAUUUUUAAUUUCAGCAAGUUUGGUUACUUGUUGCAUGACUAUUAACACAGCUGACUUUCUGUGUCAGUGCAAUGUAUAGUUUUGUCCUGCUAUUAACUUGUAAGCCCAAGUAAUGGCCAAUGAUUUGUACAGCAACAGAAGUAAAUUGAAGAUACUGGCUAAGACUGGACUGACUGUGGACUUUUGUACUGGACGGCAGGACCCGUGUCUGGUGGCGUGUACACGGCCUGCAGAAGGACUGUCUGGUGUGCAAUCUGUGAUCCCUGACUGUGCGUUGUGUAUCCGUCUCUGAUGCAAAAAGGGAGCGUAACCCAGUUACAAUACAUGAUUAAAUGCAAUAGCCCAGGUA